AAACCUCACAAAGCGGAAAUCAGCCCACUCCACCACCAACCAUUUUUACUCAAUCUUGACUCUUUCUCGGAAAAUCCUUUCUUUUACAACUUCAUCCCAAUUAAAAACUUCGAACAAAAAGAAAAAAAGAAGAAGAAGAAGAAGAAGAAGAAGAAGAAGAAGAAGAAAUCCAAAUCACAGUAAAGAAAGAAGCACAAUCUCAAAGAAUUACAAAGAAAACAUUUACAUCCCAGCGCAUGAAGAACGGCGACAACAAAUUCUGUCUGUAAAGGUUAUAUCUGUCUCUAUCUUCAAGCCAUAGUUGUGAAAAUCAAGUGGUUAAAGCUGCAAAAAAAGUAUGUCUGUUUCAAUGAAAGAUUUGGAUCCAGCUUUCCAGGGAGCUGGACAAAAAGCUGGACUCGAAAUAUGGCGCAUUGAAAACUUUCGUCCUGUUCCAGUGCCAAAGUCUAGUUAUGGAAAAUUUUUUACAGGGGACUCUUAUGUGAUCUUGAAAACGACUGCCUCAAAAAGUGGUGCCUUGCGUCAUGAUAUUCAUUAUUGGCUUGGUAAAGAUACCUCUCAGGAUGAAGCUGGUGCAGCAGCAAUCAAGACAGUUGAACUUGAUGCAGCUCUUGGAGGACGUGCCGUUCAGUAUCGGGAAGGACAGGGCCAUGAAACUGAAAAGUUCCUAUCCAAUUUUAAACCAUGUAUUAUACCUCAAGAAGGUGGAGUUUCAUCAGGAUUCAAACAUGCUGAAGCUGAAGAGCACAAGACACGGUUGUUUGUCUGUAAAGGAAAACAUGUUGUCCAUGUAAAAGAGGUUCCUUUUGCUCGAUCCUCUCUGAACCAUGAUGACAUUUUUAUUCUGGAUACCAAGUCCAAAAUAUUCCAAUUUAAUGGGUCAAACUCGUCCAUACAAGAGAGGGCUAAAGCGCUAGAAGUUGUCCAGUACAUUAAAGAUACCUAUCAUGAUGGGAAAUGUGAGGUAGCUGCAGUUGAGGAUGGAAAGUUGAUGGCUGAUGCCGAAACUGGAGAAUUUUGGGCUUUCUUUGGUGGCUUUGCUCCACUUCCUAGGAAAACAGCUAGCGAUGGGGAUAAGACUGUUGAUACUCAUCCUACUAAGUUACUCAGAAUUGAGAAGGGGAAUGCAGAGCCCGUUGAGGCUGAUUCUUUGACAAGGGGCUUGCUAGACACAAAUAAAUGCUAUCUACUCAAUUGUGGGAUAGAAGUGUUUGUAUGGAUGGGGAGAAGUACCUCUCUUGAUGAAAGAAAGAGUGCAAGUGGAGCUGCAGAAGAGUUAGUCCGUAGCCCAGAUCGACCUAAAUCUCACAUUAUUCGUGUAAUUGAGGGAUUUGAAACUGUGAUGUUCCGCUCCAAAUUUGAUUCAUGGCCGCAGACCACUGAUGUAGCUGUGUCAGAGGAUGGUCGAGGCAAGGUUGCAGCACUACUAAAGCGACAAGGUGUUAACGUGAAGGGUCUAUUGAAAUCUGAUCCAGUUAAAGAAGAACCUCAGCCAUAUAUUGAUUGCACGGGGAAUUUACAGGUUUGGCGUGUGAAUGGCCAGGAAAAGAUUCUCCUUCCAGCUUCUGAUCAGUCAAAAUUUUACAGUGGAGAUUGCUAUAUCUUUCAGUAUUCAUAUCCAGGAGAAGAUAAAGAGGAAUACCUUAUAGGAACAUGGUUUGGAAAGCAAAGUGUUGAGGGUGAGAGGGCCUCAGCUAUUUCACUGGCAAGCAAGAUGCUUGAAUCAUUGAAGUAUCUUCCUGCUCAGGCCCGCAUCUAUGAGGGAAAUGAGCCCAUUCAGUUGUAUUCAAUCUUCCAGAGUUUUAUUGUUUUCAAGGGUGGUCUUAGUGAUGGAUACAAAAAUGACAUUGCGGAGAAGGGAAUUCCAGAUGAUACAUAUAAAGAGGAUGGUAUUGCGUUAUUUCGAGUCCAAGGCACUGGACCUGAUAAUAUGCAAGCGAUACAAGUUGAAGCUGUUGCAUCAUCUUUGAAUUCUUCCUACUGUUAUAUUUUACACAGUGACUCUACCAUCUUUACGUGGUCUGGGAGCCUCACAACCUCGGAUAAUCAGGAGCUGGUUGAGAGACAGCUUGAUCUGAUAAAGCCAAAUGUACAGUCCAAAACCCAAAAGGAAGGUGCCGAAACUGACCAGUUUUGGGAUUUGUUGGGAGGGAAAUCUGAAUACCCCAGCCAAAAGAUUGUCAGGGAAGCUGAAAGUGAUCCUCACCUAUUUUCUUGCGAUUUCUCAAAAGGAAAUUUGAAGGUGACUGAAAUAUACAACUUCACUCAAGACGAUUUGAUGACUGAAGAUAUAUUCAUCCUAGAUAGUCACUCAGAUAUCUUUGUCUGGGUUGGUCAACAGGUUGACACCAAGAAUAGAGCGCAGGCUUUAACUAUUGGGGAGAGUUUUCUCGAGUGUGAUUUUCUUCUAGAAAAGUUAUCUCGUGAAGCUCCAAUAUAUAUUGUCAUGGAAGGGAGUGAGCCGCCUUUCUUCACACGGUUUUUCAAAUGGGACUCUGCAAAAUCUGCCAUGCAUGGGAACUCCUUCCAAAGGAAGCUUACCUUGUUGAAAAGUGGGGGAACUCCAACUGUUGAUAAACCCAAACGAAGAACACCUGUAUCUUAUGGAGGAAGGUCUAGUGUUCCAGAAAAAUCACAGCGUUCCAGAAGCAUGUCUUUUAGCCCUGACCGAGUUCGUGUAAGGGGCAGGUCUCCAGCUUUCAAUGCACUUGCAGCUAAUUUUGAGAACCCUAAUAAUGCGAGAAACCUUUCAACUCCACCCCCAGUAGUGAGAAAGCUCUACCCAAGAUCUGUGACCCCAGAUUCAGGAAAUUUGGCUUCCAAAUCUUCAGCUAUAGCAGCAUUAACUGCCACUUUUGAACAGCCGCCACCUGCACGAGAAGCUCUUAUGCCUCGAUCUCUUAAGGUGAGCCCGGAAGCCCCCAAACAAAAACCAGAGACAAAUGACAAGGAGAAUUCUAUAAGCAGCAGAAUAGGAUCCCUUACCAUACAGGAGGAUGUGAAAGAGGGUGAAGCUGAAGAUGAGGAAGGUCUCCCAAUAUACCCAUACGAGCAACUUAAAACAACGUCAACAGAUCCCGUUACAGAGAUUGAUGUGACCAAGAGAGAGACUUAUCUGUCCUCGGAGGAGUUCAGGGAGAAAUUCGGGAUGACUAAGGAUGCUUUUUUCAAGUUGCCCAAAUGGAAACAGAACAAGCUGAAGAUGGCCCUUCAAUUAUUCUGAGUCUUCUUUAUUCCUUGCCUUUUCUUCAGCUCCCUGCAGUUUAGGUUGCAGGUGGACGAAAUCUUGCUUGUGAAUCUUGCUCUUUUUUCCUUUUGGGUGCAGUGGAGAACUCAAUUCUCAGGAGUGAAAGGGGCAGCAUCAGUGCAUUUUUAGCUGCUUCUGCUUCCAAGAAGCUUGUUUCAAUGGUGAAUGGACAGAAUCAAAAUAUUUUUGCGCAUCUCUUUAUCCCCCUUUCUGGUGGUUUGAAUAUCUAGUUUUGUCUAUUUGUUGAGUUAGUUGCUUGCUAUUCUUUUUGGUCACAGGUUUGUUGUGAGCUUGCAUUUUUGUAUUCGAUCUUCAUUUUCUGUUCUUUUUUAUCUCGAUUCAAAAUUUAUUUUCGGUAAAGGAAUAGGGGCUUGCAAAUGCGCAGUCUACUUAGGUUGUAUUGAUAACUGAGGAUGGAAGUGUGUACAGCAGAGUAUAAGAACCGGCCCACUCGUUUAUUUAUUUUUUUGGCAAUAAAAGGUGUGAUUUUUUUGAGUU